AUAUAGCUUAUAUAAAGAAUUUACAUGUGUUACUGAUUUGAACAUACAGCUCUACGCAUACUCGCUUUCAAGUUUCAAACAUGUCUACUCUCCCUCAGGAAAUAAUUAUCGAAGAAAUACUGAAGCGACUUCCGGUUAAAUCACUUGUGAAACUUCAAGUGGUAUGUAAGUUAUGGAAUUCUCUGCUGCAUGACACUUGUUUCACCCAAUCACACUUCAAGCAGAGCAUCUCGCAAAAGCCUGAAAAUGAUUAUCUCAUAAUUAAUGAUAACAAGUAUGGUGGAGGAAGAUGUACUAAUGUUCUAUCGAUUCUCUCCCGCAAUAAUUUCUCCGAAACUUGCAUCGACAAAGUGCCUUACUCGGCAUCUAAAUCUAGUAAUAAUGAUAUUAACUUGAUUGGUUCGAUCAACGGAUUAGUUUGCUUGACUUGUUUUUCCGGUUAUCGCUGUCGAUUUAUGCUAUGGAACCCCGCGAUUCAUCGAUCUAAGAAGAUACUACUGCCUAAAUAUUAUGGCCGUGCUUUGCGAAAUUGCGUAUGUGGAUUUGGGUGGGAUUCCAUAACGAAUGAUUAUAUAGUGAUGAUUAAAGUUGAGAAUUCAGGGGAAGUUGCUGUGUACUCUUGUAAAACAGAUUGUUGGAGUUACAAGCCAGUCGAUUCUGAUGUUUUUCGCUCUGAUAUUUUUCAAUUCCCGAGUGUUGUUGUCAAAGGCGUUCCUUACUGGAAGGAUUGUUAUGGUACGAAGAUUGUCAAGUUCGAUGUUAGAACUAAUAGGUUCACGUCCUUCAUAAAUAGUACUAAUCCGCUCGGCCCAUAUUACACUCUUGUGAAUAUCUAUGAUUCCCUUGCACGAAUAAGGUAUUCAUAUUUUACCGAAGUGCAUCUUUAUGAUGAGGAACGUGGUGUUUGGAGUAAGAUGUACGGAUUAAAGAAUGUCAUUACAAGAAGUAUUAUGACUCCGAUGUGUUUUAAGUAUGGUGGCGAGAUUGUGUAUCCUGAUAAGGACAAUGUCAAUUGCUAUGAUCCCAAGUCGGAUGAAAUCAAGGUCCUGCUCCACUGCAAAAAAGAGUAUACCCAGGGCUUUAGCUACACCCCUAGCUUACUCAGCCUCGAUGGAAUGAGCUCCGCUUCACACUGGAUUUAA